CUGAUUUACCGUGGGUUUAACAAUCCACGAUGCAGAUUGCAUUUGCAGCAAAGUUAUUCACCGAGGUUUAACAAUUGAGCAAGUAGGCAUCAAGGGUUCUCACUCAACUCAUUUGAGCAAGCACCUGGCGUGCGUCCGGUAAGAUGGUGAACAAAGCAUGGCGAAUAAUCCCACGACCCCUCCUGGAGACCAUCCUCAACAACCACGCCAACCACCACCGUGUCCCGCAGCCGCUCAUUCUCCACGGCCCCCGCGGCGUCGGCAAAACCACUCUCGUCCUCGAACGGCUUAUGGAGAACUGGAAUAAGGAUGGGCAUGUGGCUGGGUAUGUGGACUUGGCGGAGUCGAUUGAGUCGAAUCACCCGAAACACGGGCAUUCGUAUCCCUGGGCUUCGUGGUCUGUUUGUAAGGCUCCGCGGCUUGAUUAUGUUUCGUCUCAGAUUGAUGAUUGUCUUGAGAUGAUGGCUUAUAAGGGAAUUGAACUCGGGACUAUUAGUUCUCACCAAAUUUAUAAGACUAUGAGUAAAUGGCACAAUUUGAAUGCGUCUGUUAAGCAGGUUUUGGGAGGGGAGGGUGGGAGGGUUGGUAAGAUGUCGGGGUUGAAGUUGUGGGAGCGGGCAGUGUCUAGGUUGAGUGUUCGAGGGGAUGUGGAGGGGAGUAAGGGGGUUUUGGGGGUGGGGGAGAAGGGGAGGAGUUUGAGUGUUGGUGAGGGUGCAUAUUAUAGGGAAGCUGUUGCGGCGUUGAGGUUGGCAAAAGAGGUGAUUAAAGUGCAGCAGAAGUGGAGAGGGAAUGCUGUUAGGGAGUUGAAUGAGAAAGGGGGGUUUUCGAGGUCGUUGGCCAAUUCGGCUACUGACUGGCCUUGUCUUUUGUUGGAACUUUUGUCUGCUGCUUCAGAACUUGAUUACUUUCAGCCAAAACUGGUUAUCAACAAUAUCGAUGUCCUAAAGAAUGCCGAACUAGUAGAUGAUACAACAGUCCGUGCAUCAUUGUAUCAUGACAGUCUGAUAUGGAGGAUUAUAGCGUUGGGCGCCAAUGAAAGAAUUCUCCCUGUUAUUCUUCUGACAUCUGACAGCUAUUACUCAUACCGUGCUUACAUGGAUUUUGGGUUUCCAGAUAUAUUCAUUUCUCGAGAGACCUUUGGAUGGACUCCUCAAGAGGGUAAACUCCAUAUGGUUGAUGAUUAUUUCAGUCCUGCUGAGUGGAAUGUGAUUGUUGAGGUUCUAGGGCCAAACCCACGACAUCUGUUUGAGCUAUAUGCACUUAAACAAAGCAACUAUUACCAGAAGAUCAUGGAUGAUAGGAGCAGUUCAUUUGAGGAUAUUGUUGAUGCGUAUUUGGCGUAUUUGCAAAUAACAGUGGUAAAUCCUGCCAUGGAUAAAGCAUUGUCACUCGUGGAAAAGUUUGCUAUAGAUGCACGGAGUGGGAAGAUUCCAAAAGAUAGACUACGGUUUGGAGCUCCUUGGAGACACCCUCCACCUGCAAGCAGCACUGAGUUGCUCUCACGGUGGGCCAAACUUCAACUACUAGAUUUUGUCCAGUCUCUAGUUAGUACGGAAUUUGGGAUCAACUAUCUGGCUGAUUGUAGCCUUGAGAUCUUGGACGAUCCUUCAGCUCUUGCAUUAGUAGAGGUUGGCUUGCUUUAUGCCCAGCGGGACCCAUCCUUUAUUCGCCCUGUAUCUCGUGGUAUCCAGAGAUGUCUUGUGAGAUGGCUUGUCCAGGAACGACUGCAGAUGAGCAUUCAGGGUUCACUCCGCUAUCUGUGGCAGCGAACUAUAAGAGGCCGGAGCUACCGUCAUUUGAUGUUACAAGUAGGCUAUAAGUAGAGCUGUAGUUUACUCGAGAAAUAUGACCGGUGUCAUUCAAGAUAUAGAUUUUGGCAGAGCCUCUUUAUACCCUGUGCAUCAAUUACUCGGAACAGCAUUAAAAUAAUACUAAAGGGACGGCAUUUGUAAUUAUGAGUGGAGUAUAUUGUACCUGUCAUUCUUGUGAAGCAAGCUUUUGGAUUCCGAAGGCCGAGAGGACACCCUAUUGGAUAGUGAUAUGACCUAAUGUUGCAUCACGCAUUCCAAGAUUUUGCAUACUGAAAGGACUCCCCACAGUUAUAAAUUUUGGGAGAUUUCUUGUUAAAUUCCUAAUCAUUCCGCUAGCAACAGCUCUAAACAACAGUAGGACAUGGGACGAAAGAGACAGGUACCAGCUCUUGAUCUUCACAGGAACAUACUUGUAAAAAUUAUCUUUUGCAACUUAUAUUUGCUUUAUACAGAAAACGAGUUUAUUAUUUAACCACAAACAGGGAGUUAGAAGCUGUGCAGCCCGGAGAAGCAAACUGCCUGGUAUUUAUUCUACAUUAUUAUACAAUGUUCAACUUAUCACUCAUACAUGCUUAAUUUGUUUAAGCAAAGACUAUAAAUGAGUUAAAAAGAUCUCGUAACUCAUACUACUUCACUCCGCUGAUAUGUGAUCAAUUGUACGCUGUGUGUUCAUUUCAUUGCUCUAUAUAACUCGUUAAUUCCUGUGUGACAAACCGGUAUGUUGGUUGAGAAGAGUCUCUUUGAAGUGUCAAA